GUUCUGGCUACGGCUAUCGACUGCAUCUCUUUCUGAUUAUCCGCCAAACCUACCUUUCAGACACAUUGAUCUAACACGAUGACUGUCGAGGUCAUAGCGAACGUGUUCCCAGCUCUAGGCAAAGAGGAUGAAGUCGCAGCUGCUCUGCAGUCUGUAGUAGCCUCAGCUCGUGAGAACGAGCCUGGUUGUCUACGUUACCAAGUGUACAGCCACCGUGACUCGGAUGGCCGUAUACUGCAAUACGUCAUUCUUGAAGAAUACGAAAACCACGCGGCAUUCGAGAACCACAUUGGUUCUAAGGCCUUCAACAAGGCGAAAGCUUGUUUAGAAGAUCAACAACUGUUGGCUAAAGCAUUAGAGAUCAUGUUUGUGGACAAAGCCUUUGGUUUUUAGAAGUGCUUCUUGCUGUCGUACUUCACGAAUCAGCCUUGACUCGGAGGACGAUACACGACGUAUAUGGUUAUCGAAUUUUGGAGUGCGCAAUGGAAGCCUAUCUCUGGUUACCUCCACUGCAGCGUAACAUAUCUUAAUGCACAUGCGGAAGAAAUGUUAAGAGCAGGGUCAUCCCACAGAUAUCGAAGCCUUCGCGAUGCCAACGUGAACAGUACAUGUGGCGGUACCGCCGGUUGGGAACGGCCCUGAUGCAGUGCCUAUCACAUUGAGAAGAUCAUGAUGUCCGAAUUAACAUCCGCAAGCAACUUCCCAAGUCUCGCGUCUUGACUCGCAAAGGUUGAGUACCGUCAACUCUUGCCAUAUCAAAGCGUGCUGCAGACGGAGACAGGCGCCAGAGUUUGCUCGCUGGCCCACCGCUGCGAACUGACAAAUGCCAUUAUGCCAUUUCACAG